UAAUGACUACUAGAAUGAGAAAGCUUGUUUAUACUUUGAACCCAACCAUUUUUAUCCAUUCAAAUAAGAUAAAAACUUGCACGUUUUUUUAACAUUCGCCAUGGACGACGAGCUAAAAAUAUUCAACCCUUUUUAUCCACUUCUAAAAAUAAUCAUCAAUCAAUAAUUAAGGCAUCGAUUAUGCUCUCCUUCGUGAUCGCGCUUCUGUUUUUCUCGUUUUCCAACGCAGCCAUGGAUCCAGAUUCAGUUUACCAGUCGUUUCUUCAAUGUCUACCUUCACAGUCACCGGAUUCCGCCGAGGAUCUCUCCGAACUCAUCUACAGCCCCACCGCGAAUUCAUCUUCCUACACCGCCGUCCUCCAAGCUUACAUCAAAAACCAACGUUUCAACAACACCUCAACACCCAAACCCUCCGUUAUCAUAACUCCGACCACCGAAUCCCAAGUACAAGCCGCCGUUCUUUGCGCUAAGAAACUCGGUGUCCAGAUCAAGAUUCGCAGCGGUGGUCAUGACUACGAAGGAAUCUCCUACACUUCAUCCGAUCCCGAUUUCAUUAUACUCGAUAUGUUCAAUUUCCGGCAGAUCGACGUUAAUAUCGCCGAUGAAACUGCGGUUGUGGGAGCGGGAGCACUGUUGGGAGAGCUUUAUUAUAGGAUUUACGAAAAGAGUAAAGUCCAUGGCUUUCCCGCCGGAGUUUGUCCGACUGUCGGUGCCGGUGGACAUAUAAGCGGCGCUGGUUACGGCACCCUGCUUCGUAAAUACGGAUUGACCGUGGAUCACGUGAUUGAUGCCCGGAUUGUGGAUGCUAAAGGCCAGGUUUUGGAUCGGAAAUCCAUGGGAGAAGAUCUUUUCUGGGCGAUAUGUGGCGGAGGCGGCGGUAGUUUUGGUGUUAUAUUAUCCUACACCGUGAAAUUAGUUCGGGUGCCGGAGGUUAAUACAGUUUUCCGGCUUAAAAGAAUGGUUGCAGAAAAAGCUCCGGAACUUGUUCAUAAAUGGCAGAUGGUUAUGCCAAACAUCGACCAUGAUUUAUACAUCAGAAUCCUGUUACAACCGGUAACUGUGAACAAAGAGAAAACCGGUCGGGCUACAUUUAUAGCACAUUUCUUGGGUGAUUCCGAUAGAUUAGUGGCGUUGAUGAACGAAAACUUCCCGGAAUUAGGUUUGAAAAAAGAAGAUUGUUUUGAAGUAAGUUAUAUUCAAUCCAUACUUUUCUGGGAUAACUUAGAUUACAACACGACGGCGCCGGAGAUCCUCCUCGAUCGCCACUCCGACACUGUAAAGUUCGGAAAACGGAAGUCCGAUUACGUCCAAACCCCAAUCCCGGAAUCUGGGAUGAAAUUAAUAUUUAACAAACUGGCUGAAUUGGGUAAAAUCAGCUUGGUGUUCAACUCCUACGGCGGGAUAAUGAACGAGAUUCCGGCGGACUCAACUCCAUUCCCCCACCGCGCCGGGAACAUUUUCAAAAUCCAGUAUUCCGUCAACUGGAAUGACGCCGAUCCCAAAUUGGAGACAAAGUACUUGAAUCAAAGCUUGGUUUUGCAUGAUUUCAUGACGCCUUAUGUGUCAAAGAAUCCGAGAGGGGCGUACUUGAAUUACAGGGAUCUUGACAUCGGCGUGAUGACCGGAGACAGUUACUGUGAAGGCGAGGUGUACGGCUUGAUGUACUUCAUGGGGAAUUUUGAAAGACUGGUGAAGGUUAAGACGGCGGUUGAUCCGGAUAACUUAUUCAGAAACGAACAGAGCAUCCCAACACUCGCCGGAAAAAACUCAGGCGAAUCCAGGAAGACGAUGAUGUGAAAUAGUACACCUGUUGUCUGUGUAUCAUGAAGGAAUUGGCUUUUGAUAGCACUUCAGCUUCAAAGGAUGCACUCCACGCAUUAUUACUUGUACUUUGGAUUUAUUUACUGCAAAGAUCUUCUUGUAUUGACUUUUGACGUGGAUGAUGUAAGAAAGGAUAAGCGAUAUUUUCGUUUAACACUUUCAAUAACUGAGCAAAAAUCAAUCAUUAUUGUUUGCCUAUUAUUAGAAAUGUUAUAUUUACGUUUGUGUAA